AUGGAGAAAAAGUUUUGUUAAAUUGAGGAUGACUCUUAAUUUGAAUUAGAUUUGUUAAGAAUAGAUUUACCCGAAGACUAGAGAUACAUAAUAUGUUAAAGGUGUCUUACUUGGUAGCAGAUUAAUGGAAAAAGCGUUCUUCAUUUUAAAGAUAUCAUGGAAAAUGAUGAUAAAAAACUGGUUAUGCCUAAUUGGCCUAUAUUUAUAGAUGAAUCAUAAAAAAAAAUUCAAGAUGAUUUAAAAGAUAUAUUUAAAAAUUCUCAAUAGAAAUAUUAAAAUAUGAUAAAUAAGGUAGAAAAAUUUUAUUAAGGCUUUUAAGAUAUUGUAAAUCAUGAAAUAGUUUCAUCAAAGAAAAAGAUGAUCGAAUAGGUCAAUAAAUAUGAAAAUCUAGAAAAUGAGCUCUUGAAAUAAUAUAAUGAGAUUUAGUAAAAGUAAAAGUUGUAGGAGUUCCAAUAAAAGCUAACUAAUGGAGAGGGAAAAGAAGAUUUUGUAAAAUUUAUCAAAGAAAUGCGAGAUAAGAAAGUAGAGCACACUAAAUUAAUAGAAGAUGAAAUAAAAAAAUAUAGGAAUAAAAUGUCAUUAUUUGACUGCAAUCAGCCAGAUAAAAUCCUUAAAGAGGUCAUAAAUUUGGUGAAAAAAAUUAGUUUUUUUAAAGAUACCUAAUAAGAAGAUGAACCAUUUUAAGAUUUAAUAGCUGAAAAUUAAGAAUAAAAUAGAUAAAAUAUUAAAAAAGUAUUUCAUCUAAUUUCUAACAAGUCAAAUUUUUGCAACCAAAAAUUUUUAAUUGAAUUCGAGUAGUUCUUGAACAAAUCAACUUAGUUAUUGACAUAAACAGUAGACUUUUCUAAUAUUCACAUAUUAAACUAUGAAUAGCCUAUUGAUUUUUCUUAGGUUUCAUUAAUAGCUUUAAAAGAAAUAGUAGAAUCUCCUUAGAUUAAUAGAUCAAAUAGCUUUUUAUAAAACAUUCAAUAGUCUUUUCUAGCCAACAUCUUUAUUGAUUAUAAAUUGAACAUACCAAAGAAUUUAUUCUAACUAAUAGAAAAUUAAUAAUCUAAAAAAUAUUUGAAUAUCAGCACCAACGGCAGCAGUAUUUAAAUUGAAAGGAUAGGAUAAUUACUUAAUAACCAACAUAUAACAGAAAACUUUUAAAACACUUUUGCAACUGCUGUUACUACAUUUGAUAUUAAAAAAGAGUUUAUGCAUAUCUUUAGAUAUAAAUAUUCUAAAAAAAUUAGCAAUUGUGGUAUCUAUGCUGGUUUAAUUUCAGAAUAAAACCUAAAUAAUAGUCUUAAAUCUGAUAAUUACUUCAUUAGUGGCUUAGAUGAUAAUUGCUUUAAAAAAGUUAUAAGAUCAUACUAAAAUCAAGAUUAUAAAUAAUUAUUUUAAACUACUGAUACUCUUGAGUUUAGAGUUCACAUUGAAAAAAAUCUUAUCUCAGUCAUGGACUACCCUAAUUAUAACUUCAUAAUAACAGUUGACCAAGUAAUGUUUAAUUAAUAAAUCAAUUAUAGGUUUGGUUUUGAUUUUUAUCAACCUGAAGAAAAAGUCCAGUUAAUAUACUUUGAUAUCAUAUAUUAAUUAUGA